UGAACUUCCUGUUAGUUCAGUUGAUUGUGUCCGUGACAUUGUUGUACGACGCAGCGCAGUUAAUUAAAGUGUGAUUCCUGUUCUGUGUUGGUGUUACGUAUUGCCUUUGAUCUAGUGUAUUUAACUGUGAAGGCCAUUACUUUCCAUUUACGAGGUUUGGUUCAGAGGUGGGAUAUGCUGCAAGCACGGGCCGAAGAUCUACAGCGAGUUCGGGCCUUGCAGCGCGAGAUGGCAGCACUACGUGAUGAGCUUCUCGAUCUUGCCUCCAGAGUGACUUCUAUGGAAUCCGAACUUAAAGAUCGGGACCAGUUGGAAAAUAGAAUUCAUCAAGUGAAAACGGAGCUGACUGCCCUUCGUGACCGGAAGACCCAACUGUUGCAAGUCAACGUUGCCGUCCAUCGUUUCCUCACCGACAGUGGUCAUCCUGCAGCCAUGCUUAAAGACGACGUGGCUGACCUCUACCGGGUGUGGGACGAAACGUUUCAAAGCGUGUCCCAGCGGCUGGGAGACCUGCAGAGGGUGUCUCAGGCUUGGCAGCAGUUCGAGGUACACCUCUGCGAACUGCAGGAGGCCCUUAGAUCUGAUCACAACACGUUGCUGAUGCUGGACUCGGCGUUGCAAGGGGGCACCGUCUCUCCUGACGUCGCCACUUCUGUGAGGGAUGUUGCGAAGGUGCUGUCCGAAAAGCAGGACGGCGACGGCGACGACGUCUUAUGUCAGGUUCCCAUGAUUCUGGCAGACGCUAGCACCACGACACUUGUGUCCAUCACCACGUCUCCUCAGAGUACCGAGGGCUCCCUCUCUGACAGCGGGAUCUCGGAUUCUGGGUCAGAGCAGGAACUCAGUGAAAGGGAGCGCCGCCUUGCAGCUCUCAGGCGACUGGCGCGCAAUCUGGAGGCUGUGCUUGCGCCCGGCAGUGAAGCUCUAGUCAAUAUGGCCAAGCGCAUCGAACAGACCGAAAUUGACCUGCGAGGUCUGCAGCACGCCUGUCGUGAUCUCAUCGUGCGCACUGCAGUGUGCGUCGAGGCUCGAUCAGUUCUUCACCCCACCGUCCCAGGAUCGAACUCUGGUCUAAAUCGCCCGGCUGCUGUCAACAGUCGCAGGAAGAAGCAUCAGCGUCACUCAGGAGAUGACCGGCGCUUGAUCCUGGGUGUGUCUGGUUCAGGUGACCCGGACGAUGAACCAGAACCAGGAAAGAGUCGACCCUGGUUAUGGCGAGUUAUGAGGGCCGCUCUGCCCUUCCAAAUGGCCAUUGUCGCACUUUUCUGCGUUGCAUGUCUGCUGGAGCCCCACUGUUGCGAUGCUAUGAACAACUUGAACCUAUCGCUGACGCCCCAGCUCCGUUAUGUGAGAGGCCCUCCCCCAGUCUGAACUGUUACCAUUGCCAUCAAUUUUGUAUUUGUGAUGUCAUCAGCGCUUCAGGGUAUGCGCCGAGAUAUUCGUAAAGGGACUGUCGCAAGAAGCCGAAUAUAAAUGUCAUUAAUGUAUAAAAGGAAAUCAGAUUUGGUGUCCUUGCCGCAUGGAACUCUGAUACUGAAUCUAUGUCUAAUGGAUGGAAUGUACCUGGUAGACUUUAUUUUUUGAUGCUACGUAGGAUGAAUUUAUUUUACGAUGUGUAAUUGUAGCUCCAAUUUCCGUACUUUGAUAUUUUGACUGACACAAAACUGACAAUUUUCUAAUCAUUGAGGUACAAUAAGCUCAGAUGACGGUAAAAUCUAGUACAAGUAUUUUAAUAUUCUUUGUAGUCAUAAAUUUGUAUGCAGUGUUUGAUUCUUACUGUGUACGUCUUUCACCGUUUUGUAAUGUCGUAGCAACUGUACUGUAGUUUUCACGUGCUUGAGUAACUACUGUAAGAAGACCAAUAGCAUUUCUUUAGAAGUCCCUCGGGUUAGAGGAACCUAUUCAUUUCUAGAUGAAUGAGUAGAGAAUUUAUUUUACUCCUUGAAAAAUAUUCAGAUGUAAACUAUCAGGAUAAAGGAAUAAUUAUUUACCUGGUUUCCUUUGCAAUAAGUUAGGAUUAAUUUCUUCAGAAAUGUAAUGGGUUCUAUAAAAAAUACAAAUAAGACUUUCGUAUAUCGCUAUGCACUUUUCUCGAGGCUUCUGUUCUGAUUUGCUUCUCACAUGGGAAUGUUUUAAUUUAAAAGGAUGACACGCUGGAAAUACUUAAUCACAGAUAAAUACAGUCAAAAGGAUGUUGUUCCUUACUCCUUUCUGAGAAAUAAGGUCUUCUGUUUUAGACAAUGGGGUUUGCGAAAGAGAUCGCUAUUCUUGAAGAUUUCCGUCUUCUGGGUUGUUGCGUCAUAGUCUGGUAGAUGUUUA